GAAAAGUUCAAAGAUGUCCUCGACAACAGAACUCAUCGAUCUUCAAGCGGAUAAUGAUAAUCCUCAUCCCAGUCCCAGCCCCAACUCAAAAUCCAAUUUCACUGCCAACACCAACACCAAUACUACCGACCAAACCGACCAAACAACCCUCCACUCCUACACCUACGACAUCGAAACCAAGGAGCCUGUCGAGGAGGACCAAAUCCAUCACACUCACACUCACACUCACACAGAUGCCGGUCCCCCCGACGGCGGAUUCGCGGCCUGGUCCGUCGUGCUCGGCGCGUGGUGUGCCCUGUUUUGCAGUUUUGGGUGGACGAAUAGCAUCGGCACGUUCCAGACAUACUACGAGACGACGCUGCUGAGCGGGUAUUCGGCGAGUACGAUCGCGUGGAUUCCCUCGUUGGAGGUGUUUUUCAUGUUUUUGAUGGGCCCCAUCGUCGGCACCCUCAGCGACACACUCGGCCCACGCAGUGUCCUCGUGGGAGGGACCUUCCUGCACGUAUUCGGGCUAAUGAUGACGUCCAUCUCGACCCAAUACUACCAGGUGCUUCUCUCGCAGGGCGUCUGCAGCGCGAUGGGCCUGUGCGCGAUCUUCCAGCCGUCGAUGAGCGCGAUCCCGAGCUGGUUCGACCAGCGCCGCGGAACCGCGUACGGCAUCGUGGCGACCGGCUCCAGUCUGGGCGGGAUCGUCUUCCCGAUCAUGGUGGACCGGCUGAUCAAGGAGGUCGGGUUCGCGUGGGCGAUGCGCGUCGCGGCGUUCCUGAUCCUGUUCUUGCUGGUGUUUUCGUGUAUGUUUGUGCGGGCGCGCGUCGCGCCGCUCAAGCUCCAGCAUCAGAUGGAUAGGGAGGUGUUGGUCAGGCCGUUUAGGGAGGUCAAGAUGUGGUUGCUUAUACUCGGCUUUGUGUUCUUGACGUUCGGUGUGUAUAUCCCCAUUGAUUAUUUGGAGAUGGCGGCCAUGAGUCAGGGGAUGAGUGCGGCGAUGGCGCAGUAUUUGGUCCCGGUUCUGAAUGCGGGGAGCUUUUUCGGCCGCAUGCUGGCGGGCGUCUUCUCGGAUAAAGUCGGCGCGUAUAAUAUCUUCAUCUCGGUUGGCACGUUCACGGGCAUCUUGGUCCUCGCCGUCUGGGUCCCCGCGACCAGUAACGCGGGGAGUAUCGUCUUUUCCGUCCUGUUUGGCUUCUCGUCCGGUGCUUACUUCUCUCUUGCGGUUGCUUUGGUGGCGGGGAUUGCGCCGCCGAGGGAGAUUGGGUAUUGGACGGGGGUGCUCUUCCUGUUCGCAUCGGUUGGUGGUCUGACGACCAAUCCUAUUGGGGGCGCUAUUCUGCAGCAUGAUGAUGGGUCGUAUACGGGUAUGAAGAUCUACUCGGGCGUGCUCUUGAUUGCGGGCAGUCUGUUCGUCAUGGGAACGCGCAUCCGUCAGACGGGAUGGGUGCUGAAGAAGAAGUUUUGA